AUGGCACAAAAAAGCCACAUUCCUACUCGACGUAUAGCACCGACAACAAUAAUGCAACACACAAUUAAUGUGAGAUCUCGGCGUCCAUCUGACUUGUCCGAUGUUUCGAAUCCAGAACUACCUUCUUGUCCAAUUAUAACUACAUAUGAUACAUCCGAAAAGAAAUCUGGCUAUGAACUACUUUAUGAGAGUGCUCAAGAACAAUUGAAUCCUUCGAAAAAAUGGGAGAAAUUAGUUGCACACGUUGGUGCACAUCUUCAUAGUAAAAAGUAUGGGACACGUCUUGUUAAUGCUCUCGAUGAAACAAAACAAUGGUCUGCUCUCCAUUAUGCUGUUUUCAAUAAUAAUACGUUCGUUUGCAAUAAACUAACGGACGAGACACAUGGUGAUAUACGUUUUCGAUGUGAUGUUAAUAUUCUUACGGGCAACAGUGAGAAUGUUCUUCAUAUUGCCACCCGGUCCAAUUUACUUUGGCAAACUCUAUCACUAUCAAAUAAAUCGAGAGAAACUCAUGGUACAAAAGACAAUCAACCAGCUUUGAUUCCUUCAAUUAUCUGUACGCUUGUCGAUCGCGGCGUCGAUAUUAAUCAUGCGGAUGAUGAAGGUCGUACACCGCUUCACCUGGCAGUCAUGGAGAAUCGAUUAGAAUUUGUUAAAUACUUACUUAAAAAGGGCGCCAAUCUCUAUGCUAAAACCAAAUUAUACGGUAAUGUUUUACAUUUUACUUUUAUUCCAAACGGACAAAGUUCCGCGGAAUUAUCUGCUAUGUUUGAAUGUAUAACAGAAAACCUCAAGAACCCUACAUCGUCUUGGAAUUUCGCACCGAGAAAUCUUGCUCGAAUGCGUACAUUUGAUAACUGGACACCCCUAGUUUUUGCCGUGUCGCAUCCCAAAGUAACAAAAGAUAUUGUUCAAAGACUCUUCCAAGAGAUGAUGCAUGAUGGAUAUUUCAAAUUAGAUCUGGAUAAGUCAGACAUUUUACAAACGCAAAUAUUCAUGGCUAUUGCAGAAGUAGCCCGAGGACCCAUACAAUCAUAUAAUCACCUAGAACCUAUUCUCGAUCAUUGUGAGAUUCCUAUAUUUAAUCAAUUUUUUCAUUUUGCUUGCCGGUAUAAUAAUGAUGGUUUUCUUAAAUGGUUAAUCGAGUACUCACUCAAAUUUAGUGAUCAAACAGUAUCCAAUAGCGGAACAUGCCAAAAAAUCAACUUGAAUCAGCCAGAUCAUCUGGGCUACACACCAUUACUCACUGCUGUUUUCUAUCAAUCAGAUAAAUGUGUUGAACAUUUGUUGAAGAAUACAUGUGCAAGUACACAAAGUGCGACGACGUCUAUACAAUCGAUCAAGAUUAAUCAACAGAAUAUCGAUGGUGAAAAUAUUCUGCAUAUUGCUGCGAAAAAUGUUCGAGAGAAACCAUUAUUAGAUCUAAUAUGGGAUGCAAUAAAGGCAAUGAAUCUUGCCGAAAAAUCAGACCAUAAUGGAAAUUCACCGCUUCACAUAGCUGCUGCAAAUAAUCGAGAAGAUAUUUGUGAUAGAAUUCUAAAGGCUUCUACCAAUCGCUCUCAGAUAUUAAGUAGAAAAAAUAAUCAAGGUCAGACUGCUGCUCAUAUCGCCACAUUAGCUGUACGUCGUCGUGUUGGACCAGAUCGAUAUUAUUUUGAUCACUUUAAAAAAGGCAAACUCAAUGAGUCCAAAAAUACAAAAGAGGAUAGUCAGACUAGUAAUGACAAUGAUGAUGAUUAUAAUUUUGGUUUACCUAUUCUUACAUUAAUGUGGGAAAAAAGCGAUAAAAAUAAUCUACUUGGAGGUUUAUUCGAAAGGGAUGCUGAUCGACAAACUUGUUUGCAUUUAGCUGCUGCAAAAGGACAUCAAAAAAUUGUUGAAUUUCUUGUCGAAAAAGUUGGUAUUAAAAUUGAUGCUAUUACUGAUCGUCGUUUGACACCACUACAUCUUGCUUGUCAAUAUGGCCAUGGAAAAGUCAUUGCUUAUCUGAUUGAACAUGGUGCUUCAGCAACAUUUCGUAAUGCUGAAUUAUAUAAUUCAUUAGAAAUUGCUAUUAUGAAUCAACAUAAAGAAGUUGUUAGAGAACUUCUUACGCUACCUAACUGGCGCGAAUUGAUGAGUAAUGCACAACGUAUUGACAAUUCCGAAGGCUAUGAUACGCCUAUGCGAAAAUUAAUUCGAUAUAUGCCCGAUGUAACUAUUUGGAUGAUCGAGGAAAAAUUAACUCGAACAAUUGGUGGACAGGGAAAAAAUAUAUUUAAAGAAAGUAUAUGA